AUGUCCCUCUACUUCGAUGCGGAGGCCAUCCUGACCGCACCAGCCUCUGGUGGCUCCUUCAAAUCUCGCAUCUACAGCGCCCGCGAUCUCCGAGCCAAACCGGCUCAGAUCUAUGCCCUCGUCAGCGAAGCCGCGAAAUGGGACACCAUCCUGGCCGAGGUGAUUGAAAAUGCCGACAUCCUGAGUCUGGAGCGAAAGCUCAACCCUCUUCUCGCCCUGCUCCUCGUCCAUGACCACCUCCUCGCAAAAAGGGGCAUCGCUGCCCCAGCCACACACCCGCUCCGUCAAGCGGUCGAACGUCAUAAAGUCCGAUUGAAGGCCGAGUUCACCAAAUCGCGCGUACGCCGCGGCUGUGGCUCCGUCGAACAGCUCAAGACGAAGAUUCUGCGAGAAAAGCGUGAGGCGGAUGGCUCGUCUCAUUUCGUGUACCCACGCUGGGUGCGCGUCAAUAAUAUCCGGAGUACCCUGGACGGCCAACUUCGCACGACAUUUGCUGAUUACCGACAAGUGGACUCCUUGGUGCAAUUAGCACCUCCGGAUGAAGGCCAGCCGAAGCAGAAGCUGCUGUAUCGUGAUCCGCAUAUCCCAGACCUCGUGGCUGUUCCGUACGGGGCGGAUUUUACUUCUUCGCCGGCUUACAAAAAUGGUGAGAUUAUCUUGCAGGACAAGGCUUCUUGCUUUCCUGCUUAUCUGUUGCUGGGGGAUCGGGGUGCGGAUGAUCCUUGGGUGGGGAAUCUGGUGGAUGGUUGUGCUGCCCCGGGCAAUAAAACUACACAUAUGGCAUCGUUGGUCGCGAAGCAGAAGCAAACCGGCCGGAAACAAAUCUUUUCUAUGGAUGCGUCAAAAGUGCGCUCGAAAACUUUACACAAGAUGGUUUCUCUGGCGGGGGCGGAAUCGAUGGUGACAAUCCUUCAAGGGCAAGAUUUCCUGGCCCUGGAUCCUCAAGAGGAACGUUUUCAAGAUGUGUCGGGUCUUUUGCUAGACCCUAGUUGCUCCGGUAGUGGAAUCAUCGGCCGGGACGAUGUUCCAGAUCUCACGCUGCCCAAGACCAAGACCAAGGUCGCUCCGGGAAAAUCACAGGGGAAGAAGCGCAAACGCCAAGCUGAUGACGAGGAGGAUGCAGGCGAGAAAUCCAAGGUGACGGUGGGAGCCCCAACUGUGUCGCCCUCGGAUGAGAACGAUACGCCUGACGGGGUCAUGGACCACGAUCGGCUCACCAAGCUGUCCAACCUCCAAGCGCGCAUUGUGGAGCAUGCUCUGAGCUUCCCCGCUGCCACUCAUGUCACAUACAGCACCUGUUCGAUCCAUCUUAUGGAGAACGAGGCUGUUGUGGCUCGGGUCCUGGCAUCGGAGGUCGCACAGCGACGCCGCUGGCGACUUCUGCGGCGCGACGAGCAACCGGCCGGGCUGCGCAAGUGGAAACAUCGCGGAGUUCGACGGGAUCGGGAGAAUGGAGAAUCGGGCGGGAGUCCUGCGGAGGUUGAUCUGCCCGAGGAGGCGCUGGAAGCCUGUUUGCGUUGCUGGGCCGGCGAUGCAGAAGGAUUGGGUGGAUUCUUCGUCGCUGGGUUUGUCCGUGACGGUGAAGACGACGAAGACGAAAGAGGCGAUGAGACAUCAUUCCAGGUGAAAGGGAAAGGCAUGGUUCGAGCUGCAGCCGCCGACAAAGACAACCCACAAGAAGUGGAGGACGAAGGAGAUGAUGAAGAUGAAGAUGACUGGGAGGGGUUCUCCGAUUAA